AUGGCUAAUAUCUCUGAAAUUUCCGGCGACUCUAAUGACGGCGGAGAUCCAAACAAGAAACCAGAAGAACAAGUUUUGAGAAGAAGUAGAAGAAUCGCGACAAGAAACGAGAAUCAAAACAAGAAGCCCAAGGAGGAAGAAGAAAAAGAUAAUCGCUCGGUAUCUUUUCCAAUUCCAAACGAGCUCACGGAAGCUUGCGUCGCACUCAUCCGGAAAUGUGAUUACCCUAGUCUAUCUUCCGUCUCAAGUUACUUUUUCAAUCUCAUCGCUUCGUCAGAACUCUACGAAACGCGUUCGCGCCUCGGUCUUUCCGAAACCUUUCUUUACGCCGCCAUCCGAUUCCCUGACACAAAUCCCCCAAACUGGUACAUUCUCCAUCGAAACAAGGUUUCUUCUUUACGUUUGAGCAAACUCGAAUCACUUCCACCUGUGCCUUAUGGAUGUUCUGUCGUCACAAUCGGUCAAGAGAUGUAUGUAAUCGGUGGACUCCUCGAUGUAAGACGUUUACAGUUGAUGACUCUCAUCGACUGCAGAACUCACAAAUGUCGCUCGCUUCCGAAAAUGAAAAGGGGUCGUUACCAUGCAGCCGCCGGAGUAUUCGACGGAAAGAUUUACGUAAUCGGAGGUUUCAGGAUGAGAAAACCGGAUGCUGAAUGGAUUGAAGUGUUUGAUCUAAAGAAACAGAUUUGGGAAUCUUUGCCUGGUCCGUACCCUAAAACUAGUAUGGAUUCCCAGUUUUUUGCACAUGCGGUGAUGGAAGACAAGUUAUACAUUUUGGGCUCACGUUGCUUGAUUUACGAACCAAAAAGAAACGGUGAAUGGGACGCAACCGUCAAUGCAAAUCCAAUAUGGAAUCUGUGGAAAGUGCCAUGUACUAUGCAAUGUGUGAUAGAUGAUAUGUUGUAUACGAUUGAUCCUCAGUGUACUCUUGGACAUCCAAUAGUCGUUUAUAAUCCAAAGGACAAAACGUGGAGACCUGUGAAAGGUGAAUCUUUGAGGACAUUGCCUAGUUAUUUUGUUUCUGAUGGGUCUGAAAUGGCGAAUUUUGGUGGAAAGUUGGUGAUUUUGGGCAGUAAUGGGAGCUGCUAUGAUACUGGUGAUUGCAUUGGAGAAAAAGGUAUUUGGUGCGUAAUGAUCGAGUUGGAAAAACGUGAAGGAGGUGAGAUUUGGGGGAAGGUUGAAUCACUCGACUGUGUGCUUGGAGACAUAAACUUUCUGUCGGUUUGGCUUUGUCAAACUCUGACCCUUUGA